CUCAGGCCGCAGCAUUACCUCCUCCUCGCUCCCCCGCACCACCUUUCGGCGCGCCCCACACACGCGCACGCAUUCGGCAACCGCCGCCGCGAUGAACGGUCCCGGCAGGGCGAGCGCGAGGGGCGGCGGGGAUCGGCUGCCGCCGGAGCCGCAGCGCGAUCCGCUCGAGUUCCUGUCCCGCUCCUGGAGCGCGUCCGCCGCCGACGUGUCCCGCGCGUUCGCCGCCGCGCCGGCGGCCGGCGCCAUCGCGGAGGACAUCGCCGGGGAGCUCGACGACGCCGCGAGCGCCGGCACCGGCACCGGCAGCUCCUUCUCCUUCGCCUCCGCGGCCACCUCGCAGCUCAUCAUGGACCGGAUCAUGUCCCACUCGCAAGAGGUGUCGCCGCUGACCUCCGGCCGCCUCUCCCACAGCAGCGGCCCCCUCAACGGCGGCGGCUCCUUCUCCGACAGCCCGCCCGUCUCGCCGGAUGUCGACGACAGCAGGAUGCAGUUUUGCAGGGCAGUGAGCACGCCCAAGGCGCAGCCACCGCGGGGCGGCAGCAAGACGGUGGGCCGGUGGCUCAAGGACAAGAAGGAGAAGAGGAAGGAGGAGACCAGGGCGCACAACGCGCAGGUCCACGCCGCCGUCACGGUGGCCGCCGUGGCCGCUGCCGUCGCCGCCGCGGCCGCCGCCACCGCGGGGUCCGGCGGUAAAGACGACCGCGCCGCGCGCACCGACAUGGCGAUGGCGUCCGCGGCCACGCUGGUCGCCGCGCAGUGCGUGGAGGCAGCAGAGUCCAUGGGCGCCGAGCGCGAGCACCUCGCCGCCGCCGUCGGCUCGGCUGUCAACGCCAGGACCCCCGGCGACAUCGUCACCAUCACGGCCGCCGCCGCCACUGCGCUACGAGGCGCGGCGACGCUGAGGGCGAGGGUGCAGAAGGAGGCGUGGAACGUCGCCGCGGUGAUCCCGGUGGAGAAGGGCUCCAUGGGAAUGGGAGGUCACGGCCACGGCCAGAAGCACGGCGCCACCCAGAGGCAGCUGCAGCAGCAGCAGCCGCAUCAUCACAAGGUGCAGGAGAUGGGCAGCAGCAACAGCAGCAGCUUCAGCGACGACCUGCCGGCGAUCGACCAGGACGAGAACAACUUCCUCGGCAUCUGCUGCCAAGAGCUGCUCGCCCGCGGCACCGAGCUCCUCAAGCGCACCCGCAAAGGAUCUUUGCAUUGGAAGGUUGUAUCAGUGUACAUCAACCGGACGGGCGUGGUGAUGCUGAAGAUGAAGAGCAGGCAUGUCGCCGGGACCAUAACCAAGAAGAAGAAGAGCGUGGUGGUGGACGUGUGCAGGGACCUGGCGGCGUGGCCGGGGCGGCACCUGCUGGAGGGCGGCGAGCACCGGCGCUACUUCGGCCUGCGCACGGCGGAGCACCGGGUGAUCGAGUUCGAGUGCGCGAGCCAGAGGGAGCACGACAUGUGGACCAAGGGCGUGGCGCGCCUCCUCGCCAUCGUCGACGGCCGCAAGCGCUUCGCAUGAUCGCCGCCACCGUCACGGAGGGCGAUCUGAUUGACCUUGUUAGAAAUGUGUUCUUGUAGUUCUUGCUAUUGUUUUCUUUGUUCCGACCUCCUGUAAGUUUUUAGUUUCUUCCCCUCUCUCGUCUAGACUUGAGUGAGUGUGGCAAAUGGGCAAUGGCAGGCAGUACAAAAACCAAGCACCGGUAGUUUCUAAUUGAACCGUGGUAGCCUCAUGUGUGUUACUUUGAUCUAGUAAUAAGUAACCUUGGGAACAGGAAGAACAUCUCAACAUGUCACUGUGUCACUGUACUACAAAGGUUUACUCA